AUAUGCAAAUUGUUGGUGCUCCUGUAUUCAAGGGUACCGGCGUUCUUCAUUGCAAGCAAUGUCUAAAGCUAUGGCAGAGAGACAUUAACGCCGCUAUCAAUACGAUGACCAUAUCUCGAGCAGUUUGGUCUGGAGUGGGAAGACCCAGCGUUUUCAAGCCAGCGAAGAAGAAGAAAGUAUCGCCGUAAUAAACACGGUUUUCCUUAUCUUUUAAGGAUUUAGAUCAUUACAGGUGAGGAAUAGUACGGUUUUUUUUUUUUU